CUUCCUGCCCUGUUUUCGGCCUGGACUACAAUUCACCCAAUUUAUCAAUAAUGUCAGCGUCGUUGGCGCCCGAAUGCAAUGAAGUCAAGGAGCGAUACGACAACUGUUUUCUCAAAUGGUACAGCGAAAAGUUCUUGAGAGGAACUGCAACAACCGACGAGUGCAAACCGAUAUUCGAGAAAUAUGAGCAGUGUUUAUCAAAAGGCUUGCAAGAGCGAGGUAUCGACAAGAUGCUGAAAGAGGUUCGGGAGGACAACAGGGAAAACGAUGCUGAACAUAUGAAGCCUAACCGGUGAUCGAUUGUGUACGUGCACUUUGGUGGCCGGUUGUAGAACAUAUUUGGGCGCAUUUGGGGUUGUAAGUGCUUGUGUUCCUGUCCGUCAUUGAAAAAGUCAUUUUUCGAAGGCCAUACAGACUAAUU